AUGUCUCGGCAGUCUGUCUGCAGAAGCUUUGGAGGCGGGAGUAGAAGGGGCUACAGCUCUUGCUCUGCCAUCGGUGGUGGCUUUGGAGGAGGUGGUGGCAGAAGCAGGAGCAGCUACAGCUCGUUCUCUGUGUCCAGGGGAUUUGGAGGUGGCGGACGUUGUGGAGGGUUUACCAGCAAGAGUCUCCAUAACAUGGGUGGCAGUGGAAGGAUUUCCAUGGGUGGAUGCUAUGGUGGUGGAGGGUACGGAGGCAGAAUGGGUGGCUUUGGUGGAAGCUAUGGAGGAGGAAUGGGUGGCUUUGGUGGAGGAAUGGGUAGCUUUGGAGGAAUGGGUGGUGGUGGAGGAAUGGGUGGCUUUGGUGGAGGAAUGGUUGGUUAUGGUGGAGGAAUGGGUAGUUAUGGUGGAGGAAUGGGUGGUGGCGGAAUGGGCGGUGGAGGAAUGGGCGGUGGAGGAAUGGGUGGCUUUGGUGGACCAGGCUUUGGCAUGCCAGGCUUUGGUGGCCCCGGUAGAGGUGGCCCUGGAAUCCAGCCAGUGCAAGUUGACUCAAGCCUCCUACAGCCGGUCCAUGUUGAGAUCGAUCCCCAGAUCCAGCAAGUCAAAAACCAGGAGAAGGAACAGAUCAAGACUCUUAACAAUCAGUUUGCCUCUUUUAUUGAUAAGGUCCGCUUCUUGGAGCAACAGAACAAGGUCCUCUCCACCAAGUGGGAGCUCCUCCAACAGCAAGGGCCUUCAGGGCCAAGGAAGAACCUUGAUGUCAUCUUUGAAAAUUACAUCCAGAACCUGAGGAGGCAGCUGGACUCAAUCUUGGGACAGAGGGGGCAGCUGGAGUCAGAGCUGCAGAACAUGCAGCAGUACGUCGAGGAUUACAAAACCAAGUAUGAGGAAGAGAUCAACAGGCGCACAACUGCUGAGAACGAGUUUGUGGUGCUUAAGAAGGACGUGGACUGUGCCUACAUGACUAAAGUAGAGCUGGAAGCCAAGGUGGGAGCUCUGACUGACGAAAUCAACUUCCUGAGGUGCAUCUAUGAGGAGGAGCUGGCUCAGAUGCAGACAAUCAGCCGGGACCUGUCUGUGGUGGUGUCCAUGGACAACAACCGGCACCUGGAUCUGGACAGCAUCAUCGAGGAGGUCAGGCGUCAGUAUGAGCAGAUUGCUCAGAGCAGCAGAGCUGAAGCUGAGGCUUGGUACCAGAGCCAGUACGAACAGCUGCAGAGCACUGCUGGAAGGCACGGCGACAGCCUCCGCAACACCAAGAUAGAGAUCCAGGAGUUGACCAGGAACAUCCAGAGGCUGCGGGCUGAGAUUGAGAACGUGAAGAAGCAGAACCAGCAGCUGCAGGCAGCUAUUGCUGAGGCUGAGGAGCGGGGUGAGAUGGCCCUCAAGGAUGCCAGGUUAAAACUGGAAGAGCUGGAAAGUGCUCUGCAGAAAGACAAGGAGGAGCUGGCUCGCUUGCUGAAGGAGUACCAGGAGCUGCUGAACAUCAAGAUUGCCCUGGAUGUUGAGAUUGCCAUGUACAGGAAGCUGCUGGAGGGAGAGGAGAACAGGCUGUGCAAUGACGGCAUGUCCAACGUCAACGUCUCUGUGGUAGGCAGGACCACCAUCAGUGGAGGCAGAGGAGGCAUGGGCGGAGGCUUUGGAGGCGGCAGCGGCAUGGGCGGAGGCUUCGGAGGAGGCAGCGGCAUGGGCGGAGGAAUGGGAGGAGGCGUGUGUGGAGUAGGAGGCGGCUUUGGAGGUGGAAGCAUGGGCGGCAGCUGCGGAAUGGGAGGAGGAAUGUACGGCGGUGGCUUCUCUUCUGGAAGCGGAAGGAUCUGCGGCUCUGGAGGUGGCAACUUCAGCUCCGGUGGGGGAUCGUCCUCCGUACGGAGAUGUGUCACGACCACCUCCGUCAAAUCGUCAGGAGUGAGAUUCUGA